UCACGGCCUGCACACACCCACCCGCUCCGGAGACAGCUUCGCCUCCCUCCUGCCACCAUGAAGCUCGCCAUCACCUUCGCUGUGGUCAUGCUGGCUCUCUGCUGUGGCUCCGCUACGGCCCAGAUCUGCCCAGAUUUCCUAGAGGUCCUGAGAACUCUCUUUGAAGGCCCCACUUCCGGCUAUGAGGCUGCCAUUUCUGUCUUCAACCCCACUGAAGAAAUGAGGUCCUCAGCGGUUACCCUGAAGAAUCUACUGAACGUGAUUCCGCCCGAGAUCAAGGAGGGUGCCGCCAAGCUCACGCAAAAAAUUAUCCAAAGCCCACAGUGUGCUUAGGACUCAGAAGUUGAAGAUCU